GAGCGGAAGGUGUCAUGGCGGCCGCGCUCUGAGGUCAGGUGUCUUGCAAGCUCCGCCUUAGUACUUCCGGUCACGUGCCCUCAGAUCCCUCGCAGCCAGCGAUGGAGGCGAGACCCCCAAGUAACAGAGGCGGUGGCGACGGCUACAGCCGCUGGAUUUCAGCGUCUUUACAGCAGUGGCUGUAAGAAGCGCAGUGGAGCGCGACCCGAUCCAACUUAGUUACUCCUUGCUGGAGGCUGUAGCUUCCACCUGCACCUUACAGCCAUCAUGGCAACCUCAUCUGAAGAAGUUUUGCUGGUCGUAAAGAAGGUGCGUCAAAAGAAACAGGAUGGAGCUCUGUACCUCAUGGCAGAAAGAAUUGCUUGGGCGCCUGAAGGCAAAGACAGAUUUACAAUCAGCCAUAUGUAUGCAGAUAUUAAAUGCCAGAAAAUCAGUCCAGAGGGAAAAGCUAAAAUUCAGCUUCAGCUGGUUCUUCAUGCAGGGGACACAACAAACUUCCAUUUUUCUAAUGAAAGCACAGCAGUGAAAGAGCGAGAUGCAGUAAAGGACCUUCUCCAGCAGCUACUGCCCAAAUUCAAGAGGAAAGCAAAUAAGGAACUGGAAGAGAAAAACAGAAUGCUACAAGAAGAUCCUGUUCUGUUCCAGCUUUAUAAAGACCUUGUUGUGAGUCAGGUGAUAAGUGCUGAGGAGUUCUGGGCCAAUCGUUUAACUGUGAAUGCAGCGGGUAGUUCUUCCACAUCCAAUCACAAGCAGGAUGUUGGCAUUUCUGCAGCAUUUCUGGCUGAUGUCCGGCCCCAAACAGAUGGCUGUAAUGGUUUAAGAUAUAACUUAACUUCUGAUAUCAUUGAGUCCAUAUUUAGGACCUAUCCAGCAGUAAAAAUGAAAUAUGCAGAAAAUGUUCCUCACAGCAUGACAGAAAAGGAAUUCUGGACACGUUUUUUCCAGUCCCAUUAUUUUCAUAGAGACCGGCUGAAUACAGGGUCAAAGGAUCUCUUUGCAGAAUGUGCCAAAAUAGAUGAAAAAGGGUUAAAAACAAUGGUUUCAUUAGGAGUGAAAAACCCACUACUAGAUUUGACAGCUUUGGAAGAUAAACCAUUAGAUGAGGGCUAUGGCAUUUCCUCUGUGCCCUCUACUUCCAAUUCUAAACCCAUCAAGGAGAACAGUAAUGCUGCCAUCAUCAAGAGGUUUAACCAUCAUAGUGCUAUGGUCCUGGCAGCAGGUCUCAGGAAACAAGAAGUACAAAAUGAACCAAAUGGCGAGCCCAGCCGCAUGGAUGGAAGUUCUGGAGAUGCAGACUGCUUUCAGCCGGCAGUCAAAAGGGCAAAGUUACAAGAGUCCAUUGAAUAUGAAGACUUGGGAAAAAAUAAUUCCAUAAAAACGAUUGCACUAAACCUCAAGAAGUCGGAUAGGUAUUACCAUGGUCCUACUCCAAUUCAAUCAGUACAAUAUGCAACAAGUCAGGACAUUAUUAAUUCUUUUCAAAGUAUUAAACAAGAAAUGGAAACUUAUACACCCAAGUUAACUCAGGUUCUCUCAAGUAGUGCUGCUAGUAGUACCAUCGCAGCACUGUCACCUGGAGGAGCACUUAUGCAGGGAGGGACACAGCAAACCAUAAACCAGAUGGUGCCAAAUGAUAUUCAGUCUGAAUUGAAACACUUGUAUGUGGCUGUUGGAGAACUACUUCGGCAUUUCUGGUCCUGCUUUCCUGUUAAUACACCAUUCCUAGAAGAAAAGGUUGUGAAAAUGAAAAGUAAUUUGGAACGAUUCCAAGUUACAAAGCUUUGCCCAUUCCAGGAAAAAAUUCGGAGACAGUAUUUAAGCACAAAUUUGGUAAGUCAUAUAGAAGAGAUGCUGCAGACGGCCUAUAACAAGCUCCACUCAUGGCAGUCACGGCGCAUGAUGAAGAAGACGUGAGGAGUCUAUGGUGCUCACAGGUCUUGUGAGAUUGUGAAAACUGUGACCUGCAGGGACUCUGGAAACCUGGCCUGACAAACAUGCAGAUGCUCACCAAGGAGUAAUGACAAACAUCUGCAGCGCACCACUCCCAGAGCUGAUGUUAUUGUACUUGCACAUUGGGAACGAAAGGGAAGGAAGGGACCGUGCUUCAGCUAAGCUCUGGGGAGGUAAAUUAAGGCAGAACCAAAAUGAGCUGAGUUGCAAAUAUAUAUGUAUAUGUGCGUACAUGUAUAUGUGUACAUAUAUAUGUAUUUAAAGACUGUUUACUGCAGUUACUCAGGAACUGCUUUUGAUUCACAUUAAGCUGCUUUCAGAAAUCUAAAAACACUUUUUUAAAGGGUGCGUUGAUAAAAUCUGAGUUUUUUUUGUUUUGUUUUUUUGUUUUUCAGUGUAAAUUUUUUUCCUAAGUUUAUGACACAGGGUAGUCCUUAAGUAUUUCUCCUCCAUCCUCCACUUGCAUCCUAAAGUUUUCCCAAAUUCUAGUUGUACACUUACUUCAGCAAAUUAAAGAGAGUACUUUCAAGUGAAGCAGAGGGAGACUGUUGCUCAACCAUCAGGAAACAGUUGUAGUCAGAAGGCAUCAUUUCGUCCUGUGUUUCCUACGGAAAUAAAAACAGUAAAUAAUUGCACUGAAUGUUUGUGGUUGGAGUCCCUAAGUAAAGGGGGAAUAUUUGCCGAAAGUCGAAUGAGUUUUAAUGCAGAAUUUUGUCAGAAGACAAUAGCACUGCAUGUUUUUCUUUGAGUGCAAAUGUAUAUUGCUAAGAUUUUUUUUAAAGAUGGCAUGUGCUUUGAAAAGAGAUUGCAUUUUUAAGAGUUUAAAAAUCUUACAAGUGAGAAAUAUAAAAAGACUUACUUAUUUUCACCUCUUUAGAAAAAAUAAAAGAUGUUUCUCAUAUCUCCUUUUCUCCAGUAUCUGACUGUUACUGUCCUUGGCGUAUCGAUAAUCAUUGCAUAGUGACUUGAAAAGCCUAAAUGCAAAAAAUAUAUUUGUGUGUUCUCAUUUCUGGAAUUCGUGCCAUAUUUUGUUCCUAUAGGAUCAACUCACUGUUUACCUGAAACUUUAGAUGCUUGUAUUAAAAAUUACACAGAAAGUAAAACUUUUUACAGAUACUCUUUUAACUGGAACACAUCUUGUGAUUUCUCAUGUGUGAUAACUUCCUGGGUGGGCUGCUCAAGGACUACCCAUUUUGGUUUUUUUUUACAUGUUUGUAGUACAUGAAGUUUACGUUCAUCGUGGGGAAUAGGUGUAUAUACAGAAUGCAGUUAGUGUCUUUUUUUUUUUAUUCCCCUCUCCUCCCUCCCUCC